CCCUCUUUUGCUCAUCCAUUUUUCACCUUUUUUUAAUGCUUUUAUCCUCUCUUUUUUUUGGGUUCGUUCUUGUAUAUGCAAGCCUUUCACUUUCCUUUUGUAAUGCGAUUUUAUAUUUAUUUUCUGUAUUUUGCGAUGGCCUAUUCUCUGUUACUGUUUAGUUGAUGGUUAUAAUGGCUGAAAGAUUAGAUUUUGCAUUGAUGUUAAAGAGGAAAGUGAAGUUAAAAGGUUUUUUUUUUUUUUCUGUUUUUUGUUGGUGGGAAACAUGGAUUUUGACGUUGGCCCAUCUGUGUUUUAUAGUGUUUGUUGAUGUGUGUGCUCUUGAUAGUUAUAGAGCUGAUUGAAGCUGGAAUUAUUGGUACUUCUGUUUAAUUUUUGCAAGAAUUAUGGAUUUUGAGAUGAUGGAUUGGUUUGUAUGUAUGUAUCUGUUGAGUUAUGGUCUAUGAGGAAGGUUGAAGCUUAAACGGUGGAUUUGGUUUUAUGAGAAUUUGGGAUUUUAAGAUGAUUGGUUCAUUUGUAAAUGCACGGAUAUGGCGCGAUCUCUUAGUGGAUAGUAAGAUGUGCGGGUUGUAUCUUGUUAGCUAUUUCUGGGUAUUCUGCAAGGAACAUUAAAAGUGCGUUUGAGGGAGAAUAAUCAUCUCAGUUUUUUGUUUUAUGACCUUACAUUUUGUAUAUAACAGCCUUUUGUCAAUUAGGAUGGUAGCUUGUGUGAUGUGAGUAGUAUAAUUGAAAUUUGGUGGAUCUAGAUUAAUCUAUACUGGUGUCGGUUCGAUCAUUUGAAUGUUAUAUUCCUUGGAUUGUCCAGUUCAGUUGGAUCAAUGCAAAUUUUUCUGAUUAGACUUUGGCUAGUUUAAACCUAUUCAAUGGAGGUAUCGAAUGAGUUAGCUAUGAAGAAACCAAAGAGGUUGACGUCUGUGGUAUGGAAUCACUUUCAAAGGAUUAGGAAGGCUGAUGUAUGUUAUGCAGUUUGUUUGCAUUGUGACAAGAAGCUCAGUGGGUCAAGUAAUAGUGGGACUACGCAUCUAAGGAAUCACUUAUUGCGAUGUCUUAAAAGAUCUAAUUAUGACGUGUCACAACUGCUUGUGGCAAAGAAAAAGAAAAAGGACACUUCCCUUAACGUUGCAAGUGUCAAUGUUAGUUAUGAUGAAGCACAAAGAAAAGAUGAAUAUAUUAAGCCCACGGUUAUGAAGUCUGAUCUUGAGCAGAGAAAAGAUGAAGUUAUUAGCCUUGGAAGUUGUAGGUUUGAUCAAGAACAGAGUCAGCGCGACCUUGCCCGUAUGAUUAUAUUGCAUGGUUAUCCAUUGACCAUGGUUGAGCAUGUUGGAUUCAAAAGAUUUGUGAAGAAUCUCCAGCCUUUGUUUGAGUUUGUGCCAAAUAGCUCCAUUGAAGUCUCUUGUAUGGAAUUUUAUAUGAAAGAGAAGCAGAAAGUGUAUGAGAUGAUAAAUAGAUUGCAUGGAAGAAUUAACCUUGCUAUUGAAAUGUGGUCUUCUCCAGAAAAUGUUCAAUACAUGUGUUUGAUAGCACACUAUAUCGAUGAGGAUUGGAAAUUACAACAGAAAAUUCUAAAUUUUGUGACACUGGAUUCUUCUCAUACUGAAGAUGUGCUUUCAGAAGUGAUUAUAAAUUGUCUCAUGGAAUGGGAUGUUGAAUACAAGUUAUUUGCCAUGACCUUUGAUGAUUGUUCUGCUGAUGAUGAUAUUGUGCUCAGAAUUAAGGAUCGGACCUCUCAAAACAGGCCUCUGCUGAGUAAUGGUCAAUUGUUUGAUGUUCGCUCUGCUGUGCAUGUUCUGAAUUUGAUUGUUAAAGAUGCCAUGGAAACACUUCAAGAGGUGACUGAAAAGGUUCGAGGAAGUGUUAGCUAUGUUAAAAGUUCACAGGUAAUACAAGGGAAGUUCAAUGACAUUGCCCAGCAAAUUGGAAUCAGCAGUCAGAGGAAUUUGAUUCUUGAUUCAUCAACUCGGUGGAACUCAACAUACUUCAUGCUCGAAACAGUCAUAGGAUACAAGAGUGCAUCUUGUUUUUUGCAAGAGCACGAUCCAGCCUACACAUCAGCUUUAAGUGAUAUAGAGUGGGAAUGGGCCAGAUCCAUCACUGGUUAUUUGAAACUUUUUGUUGAAAUCACCAAUAUCUUUUCUGGGGAUAAAUGUCCAACCGCAAACAGAUAUUUUCCUGAAAUUUGUGAUGUUCAUAUCCAGUUAAUUGAAUGGUGUAAGAACCCAGAUGAUUUUCUUAGUUCCAUGGCAUCAAAGAUGAAAGCCAAGUUUGAUAAAUAUUGGAGCAAGUGCAGUUUGGCUUUGGCAGUAGCAGCCAUCUUAGAUCCUCGAUUCAAGAUGAAAUUGGUGGAGUAUUACUAUUCCCAGAUUUAUGGUAGUACUGCCCUGGAUCGAAUCAAGGAAGUUUCUGAUGGCAUAAAGGAGCUUUUUAAUGCAUACUCUAUCUGCUCAACUUUGGUUGAUGAAGGGUCAGCUUUACCUGGCAGCAGUUUACCUAGUACCAGUACUGAUAGUAGGGACAGGUUAAAGGGCUUUGACAAGUUCCUCCAUGAAUCUUCUCAAGGUCAGAGUGCAAUAUCUGAUUUGGACAAAUACUUGGAAGAACCUGUCUUUCCUCGCAAUUGUGAUUUCAACAUAUUAAACUGGUGGAAAGUCCACACACCAAGGUACCCUAUCUUGUCUAUGAUGGCACGAGAUAUUCUGGGGACUCCCGUGUCAACUGUUUCACCAGAGUUGGCUUUUGGUGUUGGAGGCAGGGUUCUUGAUAGUUAUCGCAGUUCCCUUAAUCCAGACACUCGACAAGCUCUAAUAUGCACACGGGAUUGGUUGCGAGUGGAAUCAGAAGAUCACAAUCCAUCUUCUGCUUUAGCGCUUUAUGUUGAAGCGAAUUAGUCUGUCCAUGGUUAAUGGAGGGCUAUCUUGAACUCAAGUGCCAUAUGAUGUUACCUGAUUGUUUUGCUACGCCUCCGCCUCCAGAGUUUGGAGGAGCAUGGUUAAAAGUUUCUCCUCGAUGUUCAUAUUGCGGUGACUAGAUUGCUUCUUGGGUACAAACACUUCAUCAAGGAGCUUAAAUGUACUUUUUGAGGACAGUGACUAAAAUGUUUAAAGGACAUGUUGAAGGUAUCCUCUGCUUGAAUUUUAAGUAUUUAAGCCUCUGUUGUGCAGAUCUCUGAUUCUUGGAAAUUUACAUUUAGUGGAUGAUAUUGGUACAGUACUUUCCAACUUUUCAUCUUCACAGAUUAUGUUCUUUUGUAUGAAUUCAGUGAUUUUGAGUUUCGACAGAUUAUGUAACCUAAUGGAUGGCGUGGUGAAAACCCUUGUUUUCACAAUGUUUAUUC